UGCUCGCCCUGCUGCAGCCGCACGUGGAGCAGCUGCUGCGGGAGAAAAUGGGCGAAGGGCUAGCCAAGUUACGGACAGCGAGAGAAGCUUCGUCUGACUGCGUGUGCCCACCAGGCCCUCCAGGACGGCGGGGAAAGGCUGGGAGACGAGGAGAACCUGGACCUGCAGGGCAGUCUGGACGAGACGGUUAUCCGGGGCCUCUUGGUCUGGAUGGCAAGCCUGGAUCUCCAGGACCAAAAGGGGAAAAGGGUGAACCGGGAGACUUUGGCCCGAGAGGUGAUCAAGGUCGAGAUGGAGCUGCUGGCCCACCUGGUCCCCCCGGGCCACCAGGUGCAAGAGGGCCCCCUGGAGAUACAGGAAAAGAUGGCCCCAGGGGACCACAAGGCCCUCCCGGCUUGAAAGGAGAGCCAGGAGAAGUCGGUGUGAUGGGUGCAAGGGGACCUCCAGGACUAAAAGGUGAACCUGGGAUUCCAGGGGAAAAGGGUGACGAUGGAGCUCGUGGAGAGCCUGGGCUUCAAGGACCUAAGGGGGAAAAAGGAAACAUGGGUGCCACGGGGGAGAAUGGGCUAGAUGGAUCGCCGGGCUCGAAGGGUGAAUCUGGUGAGAAAGGAGGACUGGGACCCAUUGGACCAAGGGGUCCACCUGGUCUGAAGGGUGAACAGGGAGACACUGUCGUGAUUGACUAUGAUGGCAGAAUCCUGGACGCAUUCAAGGGUCCACCUGGUCCCCCAGGACCUCCCGGACCUCAAGGAGCCCCAGGACCGAAGGGAGAGCUUGGAUUGCCUGGGCCACCUGGAGUUGAUGGAGAAAAAGGUCCUAAAGGAUCUAAAGGAGAUGCAGGAACCCCUGGGGCAAUGGGACAAAAAGGAGAAAUAGGAGAAAUGGGCCUCUCUGGUCCACCGGGAAUUGAUGGACCAAAAGGAGAAAAAGGAGAAACUGGAUCCCCAUGCUUGCAGAAUAAUCACAUCAUACCUGAGCCAGGACCUCCUGGAUUGCCGGGCCCUAUGGGUCCUCCAGGGAUCCAGGGGCCUAAGGGUUUAGAUGGCGCAAAGGGAGAAAAGGGAGACAGUGGUGAGAAAGGAGCAAGUGGUGAUGUUGGGCCACCUGGUCCUCCCGGUUCCCCUGGACUUAUUGGUUUACCAGGUACCAAAGGAGAGAAGGGGAAGCCAGGAGAGCCAGGGUUAGAUGGUUUCCCAGGUCUAAGAGGAGAAAAAGGAGAAAAAAGUGAAAGGGGAGAGAAGGGAGAAAGAGGAAUACCAGGGAGAAAGGGAGCCAAGGGGCAAAAAGGAGAGCCAGGCCCUCCUGGACUGGAUCAGCCGUGCCCAGUGGGACCAGAUGGAUUGCCAGUACCAGGAUGUUGGCACAAGGGUGAAAAACUCUGGCUGAAGGCAAAAAAGAAAAAAAGGAUGCAGCCCUAGAAGUGGGAGAAGCUGCGGCCUUUGCACCUGGCAGAAUCAAAGGAGGACUCUCAGCUUGCAGAGAGGGCAAGGCCCACACCAUUUGCUGCUACGUGCUCCCACCAGGAUGGAAACAGCAAGACUGUGAUGAAGUACAGUUCCUCCAAGUACCUGUGGAUGUUUCAGUGACUGUCAACAAUGCUUCUCUCUCUUGGACAGAAACAUCUAUUUAACCUCCUGGGGCUGGGGUCUGAGGAUAUGCAAGUCUUGCUGGGGAUUCCUUCUGUUUACUUCAGGAUCUACAGGAUUAAGGGGACUUGACCUGCCAACAGCUUGCCUUUCAAAAAGACUGUUCAUGCUAUUUGGUUUACAAGCUCAGGCAUAGUGCGAGCUCUGCUAAAAGUUUCUUCCUUGAGCCACAGGGCACUUAAAAUCGCAACCUGGGGUUCCCAUAAGUUGGGAGUAGAUGACAGUAUGAAAUACAGUAUUCAGUCCCUUGGAUAAGGUUUGUUUUGUCAAUGUGAUACAAGUUCAUCUGCACUCUCCUGAUUCUUCCCUUCCUCCUCCAAUUCUCUGUCUCUUUGCUGCAAAUAAAUGUGGCCUCAGACUCACUCCAUGCAGCCCAAACAUUCAAAACCAGCCUGUGAGAGCUGAGAUGAUAAUGGCCUAGUAUUCCCAUUCAGAGUGCUUCAGUCAGCUCCAUCAGCUUCUGUUGAAGUGUGAACAUCCUGAGAGGCUAGUUUCUCCUAACGGGAUGGGAGAGGACUUCACAGUGGAGGCCGGUGACACUGGGAAGGGGGCAGACAAAACUCAGAUGUACCGGUACACGAUUUUGGUAAUAUUUCCUGCAUCCAGCAAAGGCCAUUCAUUUUGGGAUUCCCAUCAAGGCUGGAAAAGCCAACCACAUCCACCUUAACAGGUAUCCUCCUUGGAAGAUGUAGCUUAGGCCUGGCCUAAUGAACCAACCAUUCACAAACCCUGCACUAAUAGGACACAGUGAUUUUUGUAGGUGAUGUGUUGAUGGAAAGAGGCAGGGGAGGAAAGACCAACAGUGUAGAAGUAGGGCAAAUGGGAGAAACUGAAGAGCAAUGGCAGGAACAGCAAAGCAGAGCUGGCCUGGGAGAGCAGCUGUGGGUCCAUGCCUGGAUAUGACUAGUGGCAUUGCAAUGGGCUACCCAGAGGUGGAGGGAAGGGAAGAGGUCAGCCUCUCGAAAGGAGCUGCAAAACUAGCUGAGAAGAGAUAACUCUGAAAGAAAGAAGUUGAGGGCAGCGGUAGCAUUGUCACCCCUUUGCCCUCUUCCCAACACAUCAUGUUAUUUUAUCAUGGGACUAGAAGGGAGGUGAUUUUUAACUCUCCUUAUGGCACUGGCAAGACUAGUCCUAAAAUAAUGUAUGUAUUUCUGGUGGCCACUAUUUGAAAAUGAUGAUGAAUAAUUAGAGGGCACAGAAAAAAGCCCCCCACAAUGAUGCAAGAGUUGGAGAAAAUGCCUAACAGUGAGGUUUAAGAGUUCAAUCUAUUCGCCUUAAGAAAGAGAUUGAGAAGGGACUUGAUUAUGCUGUGAAAGUACCUUCACAGGGAUGAAACACUGGGUCCUAACAGGAAAGGGCAGGUCACAAAACCAAUCACUGGAGUUGAAGCAAAACAAAAUCAAUUAGGAAAUAAGGUAAUAUUGGUCACAGCACCGCUGCUUACCCACGGGGACAAGUUUCCAAGGGAAGUGGUGGAUUCUCUUGAUGUCUUCAGUUCACAAAUGGAUGCCUUUUUGGAAGAUGCCUUUUGCCAAGCAAAUUACUGGUCUCAAUACUAGGUGACGGGUUAAAUGUGAGGGCCUGUGGUAUGCAGGUCAGACUAGGUGAUCUAAUAAUGCCUUGCAGCCAGAAACUUUAUGACACUAAGUGGGGGGAGAAGGAAGGAUGGUGAAUCACGUUUUGCUGUAUGUGGAUACACUUGGCUUGAUUUGAGCCCUGUGUUCAGGUCCUCAUCCUGAGUCUGACAAGCAUAUUCAGGGUCAUACUGAACUGAAGAUAUACAGAAGAAUGGGCCCUGGGAGGAUGCUUUACCUAUGUGAGUCAACUUGGCGCACACUUAAUUCCAGCUCUAAUAACACGAGCAAAGUAAUGUACUUGGAACUAUGGGGCGCUUUUCAUUAAUGUCUCCAGGCAUGCAGCUAUUUCAGAAUGAUGUCUGUGACCCCUAGUCACUGCCUUCCUGUAUUAUAAUUACUGGGUCCAGUUAGAAAAAUCUCCUGGGAGCAUAUACAAUCCACAGAUGAAAGCCUGAACUGUAGGUACUCUUCAUGGUAGAUGCAAACUUACAUAAGACUCAAGGAACUUGUCAGCCAUGCUAGUUUUAUAUUAUUUGUCUUGUGCUUUAUGACUGUUAAGGCCUAUACCAUAUGCUUUAUUUUCCCUAUAAUUAUAUUGUUUAAAACUUGUAUAAAGUCAGAUAAAUGAAUAGGCCAAGAAACAGGAAUUUAACCAACAAUAAAAAUGUCUUUUAUUCCCUUCUAAUUCAUGAAGUUAACUAUUGCCUUAAGUUAGCUAGAAAACUCCCUAUGGCUUUUUGCCUUGGAAAAACUUCCCUUAUGAUCCCUGUUAAUAAAGGUCCUAGAUCCUGCUAUGUUUAAAGUCAAGAGCAAAACUCUCAUUACCUUCAGUAGGAUGAGAUCUGCUGGUGCUGCCUUAAUGCACAGCAAAUAUUUACAGAUGAAAGCAAAAUUAUCUCUUCCAAUCCACAUGGUGGGUUUCUACAUCCUAAAUGUUUCACUCAUGCUGUCUGGGGCACGUCUCCACCAUGGAGUGACUGCAGACAAUGCAAGAUACUGGAAAUGUCCAAAAACGGUCUUCAGUGGAGACUGGAGAGGGAAGAUUUUGUAUAGGCUGACGGAAGCUAAUUUUGCUUCUAGCUGCAGGAUGCCCUGUAGCACUAAUACUACAGCACAGUGCAACCUCCAAAGCUUUUAAAAUGACAUCAACUUUCUAUGAAGAAAUGCACAGACUUGUAUGAAACAGCAGCCUGUGGCAGAUCCAGUGUUUGUAAGCAGCAGUGAUCGCUGCUCUGCCUGAAAGGCCUGUCAGUACGAAGUACUGGCCUAGCGCUUGCCAAGCUGCGGUUAUGCUAAGACGGAAAAGCCUCUGCUGCUGCAGAAGCCUGGCGCAGCACUGGAGGCAGGGGCAUCCUUUAGCUGAACAGUGCUCUCAGUUAGGGUGGAUCCUUGCUCCAUGCAGGGCAGACUGCAGGGGAUUCCUAACCAGCCUCUACUGAGAAUAGAGAAUAACAUUAAAGCUACCCUCAUGGUUGAUGCUGCAGGAGCUGUGGGGCCAUCUCCGAGCAUGAAGUGCUUUGGGCCAGUAUCUGCUGGGCAGACUCCCAUCUGCCAAGCCCCCUCCUCACUGAAGCAGUUGAAGCCUUUGCGGAGAGAUGCUCUAUGGAAAGCAGAGGCUGCAGAACCUAAGAAACUUGUUAUAUGCUGCUCCCCCCAGCCCCGUGUAACCAAGUCACACUGGUGAUCUGCAUCUAGGACUUUCCAGGCCUUACAUGAGGUCCAAAAGCUGGCCCCACACAUAUUCCUUAUUCAGUAUAUGAUGCAGAUUAACAUCAACUGAAUUAGAGGGACACCCUCGUGUCAUAUUAACAGUCAAAGGUGCAGGCAGAAAGGCUUAUUCUCUAGAUUUCCCAGGUGCUUUCCAUGUACAUAAAGCCUGGGUAGCUUUGUUAGACGAGAAAUUGCUUUGUGACAAUCAGGGAGAGAGAUCUGCAUUGCUCAGCAAGUUGUUUUCUACUUGUUUGGUUUGUUUGUUUGUUUCCUUUCCAAGAUGCUGUAAAACCACAUUUAUGUAAAUCUUUUUGAUCAGUUUAUUCCGAGUUCACAAACAGCACAUGAAGAUAAAUCUUAAUAAUGGGCAGUGCUAGUAGCCUAGUCUAAACCCUUGGACCUCAGUAAUUACAUUACUGAGCACGAUGGAUUUCACUUUUUUUUCCAAGAAUCAGCUCUUUCCGUAUCUGACUGGAGAAGCUGCUUUAUAGCCAAGCAGAGGAAGCAAGACUAAACAUUACCACUAGAUGUCAGUCAAACGAAAGAUAAAAAAUGAGGCUGCUUCUAUAUUUGAAAUUUAGGUCAUUCUGAGACUGAUUUAUCUUCAGCAUUAAAAUACUUAAUAUGUAAACUACAUGUAUUCAUCAAUAAACAUGUAUGUGAUUUGGAUAAAACACUUAAAAACUAGUCUUCAUUGGGUGGGAAACAAAGCACAAAUCAAAUUCAUGUUUCAUAGUUUCAUGUUGUUCAUCUGGUUACGUACUAUUCAGUUAUGUAGCCUGAAGAGAAAAACAACCCC